AAACUCUCCACUCCUUUCCAGCUAUUUUCUUCUAGACUCAAAUCCACGCCCUCACCUCAUUUACAUCUUCAAUUUGUAUUUCAUUGAAUAAUUUACAGAAUGUUGAUCACUCAACUAAAGGCACCCACUUCAACGUCUACGACCGAGGCAGAGAUGGACAAGUAUAUUCAUGAGGCUGUCGCAACUUUGGACCUGACAGUACACCAUGAUGACCUUUUCAACGGUGCAGCCACUGUUAUGACCUCGUUGUUCCCUGAGUGGGAUAAGAGCGAUAUCUCAUACAUUCAAUUCAAAGAUGGGAUCACUAACAAGUUGAUUUGCUGUACACAUGCUCCUACAGGUACUCAGGUCCUAGUUCGGGCAUAUGGUAAAAAGAGUGAGGUGAUCAUAGACCGUCGACAGGAGAUUAUGAAUAUGGUUAUCCUCUCGGAACUUGGAUUGUGCCCACCAUUGUUUGGUAAAUUCAGGAAUGGGCUUGCGUAUGGGUGCGUUCCUGGGAAGGUGUUUAAGGUUGCAGACAUGAGAGAUCCCCACAAGAUGGAGCUUGUGGCUCGAAAAUUGGCGAUCUGGCAUGGUGUUGUCAAAAUUCCUGGGGAACGAAGCUCAAAGCUGUUCAAGACGAUUCAUAAGUGGAUCAAAGAAGUUCCUGAAGUCUACAAUCGACCUAAAGUUCAAGAAGUUUUUGCCAAGAACUUUGACAUGCAACGCCUUCACAGUGAGCUUACGAUGUUGGAGGAACAUUUAGUAAAACUGGAUUCGCCCGUGGUAUUCUGUCAUAACGAUCUGUUGUAUGGCAAUGUAAUUUAUAACGAUGCUAAGGAUGACGUAUUCUUUAUUGAUUAUGAAUAUGGCUCGUACUCAUACAGAGCCUUUGAUAUUGCCAAUCACUUUAAUGAAUGGUGUGGGUUUGAGUGCGAGUAUGAAAAUUACCCCAGCAAGGAUGUUCAGUUCAAGUGGCUCAGAAGUUACCUGGAAACUGGUCGAACGGUGGAGAGCAGCAUCAUGAGCAGCAAUGGCAGUGAUGAUGGCGGUAACAGUUCCAAAUCGAGCGAGCAAGGGGAAGUCAGCAAUCAAGAGCUGGGACAACUGUACAGAGAAGUCAACAAGUUUGCACUGGCGUCACACUUUUAUUGGGGUAUUUGGGCCUUGGUACAAGCGCAAUUGUCAGACAUUGAUUUCGAUUACAUGCCCUAUGCUGUCCUGCGCUUUAACGAGUAUUUUAAGCGCAGAGAUGAAUUUUUGGCGCUUUAAAAUGUAUAUACCAAGAAAAAGCAAUAGGGAUAGGAAAUAUUAAUAGAUUAAACAUAUACCUUCAACAUAAUAGCAACUGCAAUACAAUAAAGCUUUCUUUUAGUUAUGCGCGAG